AUGUCUGCAAAUGCCAAUGAGAGCCACAUGCUUACACAUGUGGUAGUGGGGAAGAGCAAGAAGCCUCGUGCAGUCAAGGACAUUAUGCAAAGGCUCCCAGUCCACUACUAUAACUCCCAAAAUGCAUGGUUUACAGUAUCCAUAACCUCAGACUGGUUUAUCAUACAUGCUGUGGUGGAGAUCAGGCAUAAGCAGGUGGAAGAUCUGAAAAUCCCUGCUGAUGAAGUGAAGGCUAUCAUCCUCUUGAAUAAUGCUCCCUCACAUCACAACAUUGAAAAACUGUGUAGCAGGGAUGGAAGGAUCAGGUGCCAGGCAUUGAUACCCAACACCACCUCUGCCAUACAGCCAAUGGAUCAAGGUGUUAUUUAUGCUACAAAAUGGCUGUACAAACGCAAAAUUUUGGAUGAGGUGAAGGAGGUGGAAGAGACAAGCGAGGAUCAGGUGGAGGACACAGGAAGGCAGAGGACCUUCAGAAAUCUUAAGUUAUACAACUUCAGGUCCAGCUCUCACAAUUUUGCUGCUUCUGCCAAAGAAGUCAAGGCAACAAUCCUCAUCAAAUCCUGGGAGAAGCUCCUAUAA